UAUAAAUUAAAUGGAAGGAAUUCAUCUUAGCAACAAGGAAGCAGACUUUUUCCAAAAAGUAUUCACACUUGUGGCCAAAGAGAAUGCUAAUGUGGCAGGAGAGUUAGUUAGGGUGGUCUCUGCAGAGGAAUUGAAGAGGGUGUUCAUGACUAGUGGGAUUUCAAAUGAGAUUUUGGCACAGGUAUGGAGGCUCUGAGUUGGAAAGAAGAGGGUUUUGGCAAGAGAAGGGUUUUUUAAGGCUCUCAAAUGUAUUGCAGUAGCCCAGAAGAAUGAGAGUCUUGAUGAUAUAGCAGUGUAUUUGAAGGAGGAGUUCUCUCUGCCAGUCUUUGAGGACGAAGACAUACAGGAACUCAUGCCUAAUGUUAUCCCGAGGAUGGUGAAAGAGCCGGUAGAAGAGGAGGUCAGGAUGUGUAGAGAUUCAGAUGAUUCUGAAUCCGAAGAAGAGUUUGUGGGAGUUAGUGGCAAAAUUGAAGAAGAGAAAAUUGAGAUUUACGAUAGACCUAGAAGUAAUACUUUUUCAAAAAGUUCGAGAAUUGGGGUAGAAGAAAGUAAAGCUUCAUCAGGACUCCAUAUUUCUGUCCCUUGAUUUGACAUAGUAAGACAAGGAUGGCUAGGAAUAAAUAGCUACACUCUGUACAAAAUUGUCACAACUGCACACAAUUUCCCACCUCUCAAGAAUGAUGAAUAUGUAGUCUGGAGAAGAUUUAGCGAUUUUGAAUGGCUUCAUAAUUUAAUAACUCAAACUAAUUCAUUUGAGGGAUUUGUUCUACCGAAAUUACCAGAAAAGCCUUAUUUCCAGAGACAAAAUGAAGAGUUUUUUAAGACAAGGAAGAACAGCUUAGAGGGAUACAUAAAGACCCUGGUAUCUCACCCUUCUCUCAAUAAUUCAGAACCAAUCCAUCAUUUCCUGACAGAGCAGGAUGAAGACAAAUUCAAUAGCCUAAUGCAAAAAGAGGCAUCAUCAUGGAAAGAUAGUAUAUAUAGUUAUGCUUUAAAAGUGAAAAACUUUGAUGUCGACCGCUUUGUGACAAAUAUUGGUCAAUAUUUUGAUUCUGAGGAACCAAAACACUUUCGACUGGACAAGAAAUAUCUCACUCAAAUUGACCAUCUGUUUGAUUACGAAACUCAGUUGGAGAAUUUAGUCGAUUCCAUUUUAGAAAAUCACAAAACUAACCACGAGAUUAGCGAUAAGAUGAGUAAGGUAGCUCUGAGGUUGGAAAAAUAUCGGAUGGAUACAGAGCAAAGGCAGCUAACUAAAUUGUUCACCAAAGGGAAUACACUGAGUGACGAGUAUAUAGAUGACCUUGAUGACCUACCACUGAGUAAGGUAGACUCAAGGGAGACUAUUGAUGCUGCCAAAGAUUACGACAAAAUUGAACGGCUCCCAUUCCUGAAGAAUAUAUUUCCUGCCUUAAUUGCAGGAGCCACAGCUAAUAAGGCUGUUACUGAGAAUUGGAAGGAGCUUCAUACUGAUCUGCAAGCUCAGUUGUAUAAAGUGAAGGGACUGAGAGAGACACUACAAAGAAGGAGUACUGUAAUAGCUGCUUAUAAGACAAAUAUCAUUGUAUUGAACAAGAAGAAGCUGAAAAUUUCCUCUUCAUAUAAUUUUGAAAACCUUCAGCCUGAGAUUGAUAGCUUAGAGAGGGAAAAUAAAGAUCUUGAAAAGAAAAUUGAGACCAUUAAUAAAGCUCUAUGUGACGAUCUUUUUAAAUUCACCCUCAACCAGAACAUCAAGACUAUUUUAGAAAAAUUCCUUGAGCGUAAUAUAAAAGAAGUCAGUAAAGGUGUUAAAAAGGUAGCGUCUCAGUCAUCCAGACUAUCUGAUAAAUAAAUAUUAAACUCAACUUCUCAUC